CGGGGCGGGUGGACCCGCGGGCGGGCGGCGGGCGGCGGGCGGCGCGGGAGAGCGGGCGGAGGGAGCCAAGCCGGCCGGAGGGUGUGCGCCGCCCGUGGUCCGGUCACGUCCCCGCGCGGGUGCCGCCGCCCGCGUAGUGCGGAACGAGGGCGCCGCGGCCCGCGCUCGCCGCCCCGUCCCGCCCCACCCGGAGCAGCUCGGCCGAUGCACCGUGCGGCGGCCCGGAGGUGAAGGGCGGAUGCCCAAGGCAGGGGGGCCGCAGGGAGCACCCGCGGCACUGGUGGCUGGCCUUGCAGCCACGCUUAGCAGCCCCGCCGCAGCAACCAGCAGCCCGACGGCAGCAACCUAGGCAAACGCUAGAGUACAGCUUCCUACCACCAGGAGGACAGGGAAUGACUGUGGCCCGUCGGGUCCCACGGUGGCCUGGGCAGGUGGAGUGGCCCUAGAGGGAGGGCCCGGCCACCUCCUUCCCCCAGGCGAUCACCAUGCCAGCUGGAGAAGAGGUGCUGGGGCAGGGGCUGCAGUGUGGCAUGGCCUUGCCCCCCCACCCACGCUGAGCACCUCGAGGGCAGCAGGGCUCUGUCUGCCGGGCACACCUGGCUCGCAUCUCAGCGUUCCCUGCUUGGUGGCGACAGGGAGAGGCACCCCGUCCCGUGCUCUGCAUCUGGGCCCGCCGCUGCCGGACCAUGGGAUGUCGGCAAAGCUCAGAGGAGAAAGAGGCAGCACGGCGGUCCCGGAGAAUUGACCGCCAUCUGCGCUCAGAGAGCCAGAGGCAGCGCCGUGAGAUCAAGCUGCUCCUGCUGGGCACCAGCAACUCUGGCAAGAGCACCAUCGUGAAGCAGAUGAAGAUCAUCCACAGCGGGGGCUUCAAUCUGGAAGCCUGCAAGGAGUACAAGCCCCUCAUCAUCUACAACGCCAUCGACUCGCUGACGCGCAUCAUCCGUGCCCUGGCCGCCCUCAAGAUCGACUUCCACAACCCGGAUCGUGCCUACGACGCCGUCCAGCUCUUCGCGCUCACGGGCCCCGCCGAGAGCAAGGGCGAGAUCACCCCGGAGCUGCUGGGCGUCAUGCGGAGGCUGUGGGCCGACCCUGGGGCGCAGGCCUGCUUUGGCCGUUCCAGCGAGUACCACCUGGAAGACAACGCCGCCUACUACCUGAACGACCUGGAGCGCAUCGCCGCGCCCGACUACAUCCCCACAGUUGAGGACAUUCUGCGCUCCCGGGACAUGACCACGGGCAUCGUGGAGAACAAGUUCACCUUCAAGGAGCUCACCUUCAAGAUGGUAGAUGUGGGCGGGCAGAGGUCGGAGCGCAAAAAAUGGAUCCACUGUUUCGAGGGCGUCACAGCCAUCAUCUUCUGUGUGGAGCUUAGUGGCUAUGACCUGAAGCUCUACGAGGACAACCAGACGAGUCGGAUGGCAGAGAGCCUGCGCCUUUUUGACUCCAUCUGUAACAACAACUGGUUCAUCAACACCUCACUCAUCCUCUUCCUGAACAAGAAGGACCUGCUGGCGGAGAAGAUCCGGCGUAUUCCGCUCACCAUCUGCUUCCCGGAGUACAAGGGCCAGAACACCUACGAGGAGGCCGCUGUCUACAUCCAGCGGCAGUUCGAGGACCUGAACCGCAACAAGGAGACCAAGGAGAUCUACUCCCACUUCACCUGUGCCACCGACACCAGUAACAUCCAGUUUGUUUUUGAUGCGGUGACAGACGUCAUCAUACAGAACAAUCUCAAGUACAUAGGCCUUUGCUGAGGAGCCGGGCUGGCCAGUUUGCCUGUGGCGAAUCCCCUGGGGUGUCACACACCCCCACUCGUGCUAGGGAGACCCAGCCCAGGGGCAGAAAACAGGGGAGGCCUGAUGAAUGUCCCCUCCGCCCCUCCACCUCCUUGGCCCCCACGUUUCCGCAAACAUAAAUAUAUAUGGAUAGAUUGCUAGGUAGGUAGACACACACACACAUGCACACACACACAGUCUGGAGAUGGCCAAGUUCCCCAAAGUGUUGGAGCCUCUUGAAGACUUAAGCAGCUGUCACCAAGUUCACUACGAGCCCUUCCUGCCCCUUCACCUUGCCUUCCCGAGUUGGCCCCGCUCUGCAUGGGGUGGGGGGGGGGGGGGAGGUGUCCCUGUGGGACUAGGAGGAGAGGCAGCUGGGUCAUCUGGAGGAACACCAGGUCUGCCCAAGCUUCGGAUUGGGGACCUUGCUACUGACCGGAAGGGAGGACGAGAGCAGGGUCCGUGCGCCUUCCCUGCUGGCCACGCCUACUGCUGGCCUGCUCUGUACCAUGUUGGUUCUGGAACCAGGGUGCGAGGCCAGAUGACACCACUAACCAGACCUCUAGCCACUCACAGCUCUUUUUAAACAGCUUCAGAAUAUGCAGCAAAAAUCCACACAAUAACAGGAGUGGCACGAUUUGUUUCGAACUCGGCCAGCUGGAUUCCAGCUUUUCUUCUACCAGUCUGAUGUUUUAUAAAUCAAACCCUGGUUUUUCUUCUCCUCUGACAUCUUUUUUUUUUUUUUUUUUUUGGGCCAAAUCUCAUGGUGUUUCGCAGAAUUAUGGAAAAUUUCAAAUGCAGUUGAGUAUUCUUUUUUAAAAUGCAGAUUUUCAAAACAUAUUUUUUUUCAGGUGGUCCUUUUUGUGUCUGGCUUGCUGAGUGUAAAAGUUGUUACCUGGAUGAGCCUGUCCCUCUGCUCCCGAGCGACACUGGGGCUGACGGCCACCCUGUGGCAGCCUCAUAGGGCCGCGUUGUACAUAAGCCCAUGCAGCGUCCUCCUGUUUCCGGUGCGGUUUCUGCUUUGUUUUUAUUUCAGAAAAUAAACGUGAUGUAUUUCAAGAAGGUUCUUCACCGAGGAGCGAACAAACAGUAGCUAAAUGUCUUGGUGUUUAAAGAGUAAAUUAUUCGUGGCUUUGCAAGUGGAGGAAGGGGAAGCGAGAGAUGGGGCCCCAGCCCCUGCAUGCCCUGCACCCAAGAUGGGCCGAGAGCUACGUCGACUCCUGUGAAGGCUCAGCCGGCGUUGUAGCCUGAGGGAGGCCCUGCUGGGACCUUGCACUCUGGCCCUGCCUGUCCCAGGGCCUGUGGCACCUGCCACCAUGGAAGGACCUUAGCCCAGGGCUGCAUGUAAAUAUGAAACCCCUGCCAUCAAGAGGGAAGGCACCGCCAGAGCCCUUGCCAAACCUCCUUUUCUCUCAGCCUCUGUUCGGUAUCCGUAUGUCCAAGGUCAGUGUGUAGGAUCACAGCCAAGGACUUUAAGAGAUGUACGGAGGGAAAGAGGAGCUGGUGAUUGUAUGAAAGUUAAAGAUUGUCUACUUUAAGAAAAUAAAAUAACCUGAAUGAGCUGA